AUGGUGGAUUAUUGGGGCAGGUUUCUAAAAAACUGCGAGAAAGUAGGGCGGGACACCGAAAAAAUUUGGAAGAAAAAUUAUAAAAGGCUUGAAAGAAAUGUUAGGAAUGAAACUGAAAGAAUGAAAGAAAGAAUCGACUGUUUGAAUCGUGUCAAAGACUUGGAAGUUCAGCUUUCUCAGCCGCCCGAAACUGGCAAAGUACAUGUUCCAGAUGAAAAGAAAAGAGCAUUUCUGGAGCUUAUGGAAACGUGUAACCCGAUGGUUGGUGAAGAACCACAUGUGAAUCCAGGUGCCAACAGUACCGAUAUUUCAAGACUGGACACGGACAGAGAACUGCUUCGAAAGCAGAUAAUUUCUUUUCGGCAAUUGGUUGUGGACAACACCGACGAUCUUAGCCCGCAUCUGAGUUUUCUGACACAACUCGAUGGUAUUCUACGAGGAAGAGUUCUCCGAACUAUCUGCCAGGAACUGCAAAACAUAAUCGAUUCGGGUGAUAGUGAAAGUGUAAAGAAAUACGGAGAGCUUUCACAAGCAGUUCUUCAGCAGAUGAAAUAUUCUUACUCUUCUGAUGAAGCGCCAUUCAUUGCGGCUUCUAACCGUUACUGGGAUCAUUAUGCACAAUGUCUUCAGAAAAAAUCGAUACAUCAAAGCAACAAUAUAUAUUAUUUGGCUAUGAACAUUAUUGGGGCUUUACAGAUACCAUUAUUUCUUAUUUCGGUGUAUUGUAUUCUAAACAAAUCUCCUUGGAAUAUGAAAUCCUACAAAUGGCUUAUUUUAGUUUUUCAGUUAUCAAUCAUCUCUUUUAACAUCUUUCUCACAAUUUUAUCAACUCCUAUCAUAUUUUAUCCUUUUCUCUGUGGAUACCCAAUAGGCCUGCUAUCAACAUUUAUUUCAACUCGAUCUCAAUAUUAUCUUACUACCUUGAUGCUGGCCUGUGUUGGUGCAUCGACUACAUGCUUAUUUGAAUACAGACAUCAAAGUGUAUUGCCGAAUUUCCACUUUUUACGUCACUCUGUUGAAUAUCGAGUAUUCAAAAUAUCCGUCUACUAUAUAGCCGGAAUUCUACAUGUAUUUUUGCCAGUGUACUUUGAAGAGAUAGAGAAUCGAGAAUUGAUUGAAAUUGUCGUCGAUGGUUGGAUAAACGCUCCAUGUGAUAUUUGGAAUAAAAGAACUGUUGUGCUUUCUACAAAACCAUUCGGAUUUAUGCAUUUUUAUUUUGUUGGAGGGAUUAUUGUAGUCUUGAUUUUAUGCACUCUGUACGCUGGUCACUCGUUUUAUGUCAUAAGAGCUACACGGAUUCUGCUGUCGAAAGAAAUGCAAAAUGUUCAGAGAAAGUUUCUGAAAGGAUUGCUUCUGCAGGUGUUGAUUCCGUAUUCAGCUCUCGUUUUACCAGCUGGUCUCGGGUUGAUUCUUCUGCUGCUGAUUAAAAACUGGGAUCAAAAAUAUGUCCAACCUGGGCUUUGUCUAAUAGCAACUCAUGGCCUAUUGUCCACAAUGACUACAAUACUUGUUCAUAAACCGUACAGAUUACACUUAUUUAUUUUAUGUCGUCGUUUUUUCUUUCUCCCAGUUGGCUCCGUAAUUGCAUUAAUCUGCGAAACUUGUGAUGGGUCCACAUGUCACGAAAAGGAUCGUUGGGUCCAAGAAAGCUGUACCUCAUCGGCUCAGUUUUGCUACCGAUUAUCUUCUAAAGGAAGAGCAUUCCGUCGUGGAUGUUCCGAUUUUCCAUGUGACACACUUCCCGGAUUUGAAUCUAAUAUGGAAUGUAGAACUUGUAGUCAGGAUAGAUGCAAUAACGAACGGGAUAGCUUCUUCCAUCAACGUGGCGGCGGUGUUAGUUGGAAAAAUGCUGCUAGCAGAGAUGUUUCCUCCACUUUCAUCUUAGGAACUUUAUUGAUCUUCUUUAUCAAUUAUAUUUUGUAA